GUCAUGAGUUAGUGGCAAAAAUCAAUAGUCAUUCGGCCUUGAACAAUGAUAAGCUAUCCUACCAUCUGUCGCUGCAUCAAGUGAGACGACAGGAUUAGAAACACGAAUUUGAAAGUGCUAAUCGAGCUUCAUUAACGCAUUAUUUCAGAAACGUUUCUCAUCCCCUAAGCUGACCAAAUCCUAGAUCAUUCGCUUAAUCCAGGAACUUAGGAAUCGUUCGAAGUUUUGCUUCUUGGUUUGCGCAGGUUGUAGUAGGUAAGUAUACAUCACAAUAUGAAGUUUUCAUGAUUUACAGCAUUUAAUAACGCUCUAUUAUAUCGUCCUGGUAAACAAACUUCUAGAUACAUGGCUUGUCAAUGUUUACUGCGCGUCGUUCUCGCUGCUUUUUGUUUCGAAACAUCGUGCUGAGUUUUUUUCUUCUCACUGUGUUUAGAUGAUCAAGAAAGUCGGCUGAAAAAUUAGAUAUUGGUUCAAUUUGUACACGCUCAAUCAUAACUCUGUAUUCGUAUACAUGCAAGUCGUAAAAAAAACAAACAAGAAGAUUAAUCUCGUUCGUGGGAGUAGAAAAGAGUAAACGAUUGAGUAAAAAUCGAUCACUCGUGAAUCAUUUUGCAUUCCGCGGUAACGAUUGAUCGAUUUUUCUAAACGCACAACGUUACUGACAGUUGCAGUGGAUAGUGAUUGCUUGGUCGGUAAAGUCGACUGCAGUCCCAGGCCUGAACAGGUAGGAAACGUAGGGAACAGGUGGCCGCGGCUCGCGGCCGAAGGGCGGGAGAUUAAUGAAAAAAAAAAGGAGAGAAAGAGAGAGCAAGAACGAAAUUGUCUGGCAGUGAGACUGAGGGAGACAGCGUAAUUUAUCAAAUCAACAAGCGGGAGGAAGACGACAGACUGCUGCUGUCCGCAUGCCGACGGGGGGGGGAGAUUGUCGGUUGAAAACAGUAUCGAGGCGACGUUCGGGUACGGCAGGACGUAUACCUGCCACCUUCUCACAGCCGCGGUUUGUUUCACGCGUGCCUAGGUGUAGGUGUAAUAACCGGUAACAAGUUUCUUUUUUUUUUCACCAUUUUUCCUGUUUCUUUUCGUUUCUUCCUUGCCUAUUUUUUCGUUGCGAGCGAAUAGGUUCUGGGUGUACGUACAUCGGCUUCACAGUCUCGUCGUCGCUGCGAGGAGAGCCGGUCCCCACCUUCGUUAUCGGCCACUCGAGAGUCUUCGAAUGGUACUUUAAUUUUUUUUUUUUUUUUUUUAUCGUUUGCCUUUUCGCUUGCAAUAGAUACGAUGGUCGCGGUGGUGAGAAGUACUUGACGUUGCGAGUGCGACUUCGUAUUGUUUAAAGUGCGGAUGGAAGGACCCUCGUUGUUGUUGUGCGGUGCUUCCUCAGCUUAUAACGAGUUUCAAAAACUUGUACAACCACUCGAUCGUACCUAAAGGAAGAACAAGAAACACGUCAUGACAUCCGAACGUUUUCACAAGGCGGCUCGGGACGGAGCUUUGGAAAUCCUGAAGGAGGCGACAAGGAGGGACUGCAAUGCCCGAGACGAGGGCGGGAUGACUCCGACUCUCUGGGCGGCUUUCGAGGGAAAUAUCGACGCCCUGCGCCUCCUCGCUGCCAGAGGAGGAGAUCCGGACAAGGCGGACUACUUCGGCAAUACGGCGCUUCAUUUGGCUGCAGCUCGGGGACACCGUUUCUGCGUUAAUUUCCUGGUGAAAUUCGGCAGCAACAUAUGGGCCUUGGACAUUGACAGGCAUUCGGCGCGCGAGCUAGCAGCGAUAAACGGGCGCGAUGAUAUCCUGCAAUUUCUCGACUUGGCGCAGACCGAGCAGGAGCUAAACAAUCGUAAGAAGACGAAAAUGCUGAAAGAAAAGGCCGAGAAGGAGGCCGAGAAACGCCUCAAGGAAUACGCCAAGCGGCAAAAGGUGGCCGAGAUCAGAGCUGAGAAGGAGCAGAAAAAAUUACUCAAAGACAAGACCAGGAUGAUGGACGUCGAGGCUUCGGAUGUAGCCAUUCUGCCCCACAGACCGAGCAUACUCACCUUUAAGGGUAGGGUCAGACCCUCGCCGACUUUCAGCGACAUCGUCAGCGGCGGUACGAAGCGGCAGGGUGGAGCCGUCGGGCGCAAAGUCCAGGCCCGCAAGGCCGCCGACGAUUUCAAAGUUGGAGAGAUUGAGAUGGACGGAAAACGCUCCGUCCGCAGCUUGACCGGCCUCAGAAGGGACUCCGAAGUAAUGUACGUCGGCACCUACGAGACCCACAGUCAGCAGAUGGGGAAACGUGGCAAGAUAUCAGACGUCUGGGGAACCCUAUCCAGGGCCAGAAGCACUCCGGACCUGCUCGGCGAUCGAGACAGACCCGAGGAUGAUCCGGAUUACGAUUACAACGCUGUCGACGACGUCAACGUCGGUGACACCGUCUUGCUUCAACAACCCGCGAGCAUCUUCAACAGACCGGGGUUCGGCUCGGUUGCUUUUAGAAGACCGGUGACCACGACCCUUGACGCAAUACCUAUCGGAGCUUCGGAUCCGAUGGAAAGUCGAAAUGUACAUACCACAGGUUACGAGUCUAUCAACGGCUCCUCGAACGGUCACAAUAACGAAGAAGUCAGCAUUGGCAGUGCUGGAAGUCUAGCACGUAGACAGAGCAUGUGGGACGACGAUUUAAUCUCUGAGGACGACGCGGAUGAGGGGAACGAGGAGUGGACGCCGCUACAGCGGUUUUUAGUCGCUAAUAAUUUAUCGUCGAUUCACCCAGUUUUGGAGGCCGAACAGAUUGACCUGGAAGCUUUGAUGCUGUUGACUGACGCGGACGUACUUGCUUUGAAAUUACCGCUGGGACCACGUCGAAAAUUGAUCAACGCAAUAGCUAUACGAAGACGCGCGCUUGAGAACCCGUCGGAUGUUAUAGAAGAUAGUAGACUGUGACAGUGGAUGGUUUUAAAUUAUUAUUAUUAUUAUUUGCCUGCUUCCAUCGCCUGUUGAAACAAACAUGAAAUAUGCGUUAUUCAAUAAAACUAAAUAUGUUUGUGCCAACGUGUUGGCCAAUUUCUAACAGUAACGAUUUGUGCUAUCGAAUUUUCAUACCUGUGCAAAGUCAGGAUUUUUCUAAGUCACAUGCACUGUCUUAACAAUUGGAUUGAACGAAUCACUUGUAUUAUAUAUGAAAGUUGAGUUAGAUAUUAACUUACGCGUAUUAUUUUAUAUCGAAAUACCGAAACGGUAUUGUAUUAUAAUUUUAGGAGAUGAUAAUAUAGUUAUGUAUGCUAAUGUUGAAUGUGUUAACGUAUGUAAAAUGAUAUGGAAUAAAAUAUUUUCACC